AUGGACGACACACUUUCAAUUUUUUUAGAGUUACUUUUUUGUGUGGCCUUGGUUCCUUUCCCUGCAUGUUCAGAAAAUUUUGCACUCCGCAUUCAAGGUACUCCAAAACGUAGUUAUGUUGCUGAAGUUGGAGACAUAAAACGGUUACGAUGUGCGGUGACAGGGCUUCCACUACCGUCUAUCACAUGGAUCAAGGACGAACAACCUUUAAAGCUCUCGGAAAGGGUAAGUAAGCUGAACAACGACAAAACCAUAAAGAUCAAUGGAGUCAGACUCGACGACCAAGGCAAAUACUCCUGCUUUGCUGAAAAUCCUCUCGGAAAAGUCUCCUUGACAUUCGAGCUAAAGGUUCAUAAUGGCACUCUGGUAACGACUGAAUCGCUAUCAGCGUCUCAAAAGCCGACCACUGAAAAGCAGAUUAAAGCAGGAGCACCAGUAUUUACUGAUCCAAACUUGCGAAAGAGAUCAUUCAGGGCAUGGCCUGCAUCACACUCCAUAAGACUGAAAUGUCAAGCCAUUGGUGCACCACCUCUCAAAUACAAAUGGCUUAAGGACGGAAAGGACUUAAAAAAGCCACCUAUGGACGCAACUGUUAAUACUUCACUUUGGUACCUGCAACUGCAAGAUCUUGUACCCACUGAUUCUGGGAGAUACACUUGUAUAGUGUCCAAUUCAUAUGGAUCAAUAAGUCACACCUUUACACUUCAAGUUGUUGCUAGACCUCAGUCAGCUCCGAUCCUACAGACAGCUCUGCCAAAGAACAAAACAGUGCAGGUUGGAGAUGAUGCAAAAUUUACCUGUUUAGUUCCUGUUAGUGAAACUCUCCCGAAUUUCAGAUGGCUUAAAUGGAACAAAUCCGUCAAUUCUAUUCCGAAAACUUACAAUGAAAUUUUAAAUGGAUCAUAUCGCCUUGUAGACCCAUACUAUUACAAGACCGUUCAAGUAAAAAGUGAUUAUGGUGUUGAGGUGAAUAUUGUAAAUGUGACUGAGGACGAUUUUGGACUCUACACUUGCUUUGUGAGCAAUCAUAUCGGCAACGACUUCAGUAGUGCAUUCCUCAUCAAAAAUGUGAAACCCACAGUUCCUGUGACAGGAGCACCAGUAUUUACUGAUCCAAACUUGCGAAAGAGAUCAUUCAGGGCAUGGCCUGCAUCACACUCCACAAGACUGAAAUGUCAAGCCAUUGGUGCACCACCGCUCAAAUACAAAUGGCUAAAGGACGGAAAGGACUUUAAAAAAUAUAUUAUGGAUGCAACUGUUAAUACUUCACUUUGGUACCUGAAACUGCGAGAUCUUAUACCCGCUGAUUCUGGGAGAUACACUUGUAUAGUGUCCAAUUCAUAUGGAUCAAUAAAUAACACAUUUACACUUCAAGUUGUUGCUAGACCUCAGUCAGCUCCGAUCCUACAGACAGCUCUGCCAAAGGACAAAACUGUGCAAGUUGGAGAUAAUGCAACAUUUACUUGUAUUAAUCUUGUUAGAGGACCUCUCCCGGAUUUCAGAUGGCUUAAAUGGAACAAAUCCGUCAAUUCUAUUCCGAAAACUUACAAUGAAAUUUUAAAUGGAUCAUAUCGCCUUAUAGACCCAUACUAUUACAAGAUCGUUCAAGUAAAAAGUAAUUAUGGUGUUGAGGUGAAUAUUGUUAAUGUGACCGAGGAGGAUUUUGGACUCUACACUUGCUUUGUGAGCAAUCAUAUCGGCAACGACUUCAGUAGUGCAUUCCUCAUCAAAAAUGUGAAACCCACAGUUCCUGUGACAGCUAAACAUCGGUCAGCUCCGAUCCUACAGACAGGUUUGCCAAAGAACAAAACAGUGCAAGUUGGAGAUGAUGCAAAAUUUACCUGUUUAGUUCCUGUUAGUGGAACUCUCCCGAAUUUCAGAUGGCUUAAAUGGAACAAAUCCGUCAAUUCUAUUCCAAAAACUUACAAUGAAAUUUUAAAAGGAUUAUAUCGCCUUAUAGACCCAUACUAUUACAAGAUCGUUCAAGUAAAAAGUAAUUAUGGUGUCGAGUUGAAUAUUGUAAAUGUUACUGAGGACGAUUUUGGACUCUACACUUGCUUUGUGAGCAAUCAUAUCGGCAACGACUUCAGUAGUGCAUUCCUCAUCAAAAAUGUGAAACCCACGGUUCCUGUGACAGCUAAACAUCGGUCAGCUCCGAUCCUACAGACAGGUUUGCCAAAGAACAAAACAGUGCAAGUUGGAGAUGAUGCAAAAUUUACCUGUUUAGUUCCUGUUAGUGGAACUCUCCCGAAUUUCAGAUGGCUUAAAUGGAACACAUCCGUCAAUUCUAUUCCAAAAACUUACAAUGAAAUUUUAAAAGGAUCAUAUCGCGUUAUGGACCCAUACUAUUACAAGACCGUUCGAGUGAAAAAUAAUUAUGGUGUCGAGUUGAAUAUUGUAAAUGUGACUGAGGACGAUUUUGGACUUUACAUUUGCUUUGUGAGCAAUCAUAUCGGCAACGACUUCAGUAGUGCAUUCCUCGUCAAGUAUGUGAAACCCACGGUUCCUGUGACAGAUCAGAAGACUCACAAUGCUCUUGUUCCUGGAAUCAUCGCAGCAUGUGUGCUAAUUACUGUGGGUAUUUUAAUCGUUAUCUGUUGGCGUCUUCUAUCGAACCGAAUAAAAAAAUCCUUGAAACCUUCAGUUUCAUUGUCAAAACCUACAUUUGAAUACGAUGCGUUCGUUAUUUUCAGCUCCCAAGAUUCGGAUUGGGUGGUUAAAAUUCUUAUUCCAACUCUUGAGGAAAAACACCAUUUUAAAUGCUGUGUACAUUACAGAGAUUUCGUUCUUGGAGUACCUUUCCGCGAAAAUAUGAUCAACAGUGUUUACAAGUCUAGAAAAACACUAGCUGUCGUGUCUAAGAACUUUUUUAAUAGCAAUUAUUGUGGUUCUGAAUUGGAUUAUGCCCUCCAUCGACUUAUGGAAAGGAGAGAUGAUAGUUUAGUCGUAAUCAAAAUUGAUGACGUUGAUAGAGCAAAACUUCCCAAGGAGCUGCGAAAAAGAAGCUACAUAGACCUUCAAAAGUCUGUUGAAAAGGUUCACUGGGACAGAAAACUGGUUAAGUGUUUAACGCUUCCCAGCGAUCCGCCACAGAAACAAAUUAUGUAA